AUGAAUAAGUCUGCUCACAAGAUAAGAAAUUACGAUCCUAGGACCUUGCCAUACGGUGUAAUUGAGAAGUCUAAUGAUCCAAGAAUACUAAGGGAUAUAAGUUUUUAAGAAAAGAAUUUGAAAGAGGAUGAUACUAGGAGGUAUAUUUUUAGCUUAUAUGUGAAGAAGGAUAUUGAGAAAAUUAUAAAUUAGAGUAAUUCUCUGUUCAAAAGAUCAUAAUCUUGUAUCAUCAAUUUCACACCAGGACAUGGGCAACCUAGAAUGUAUAUCCCAAGAGAAUCAGAAAUCGAACGGUUUAGAAGGUAGACUUUAAUAUACCAUAGAAAUCGCUUGCUGGAAGUGUUUCAAAAUAUUCUGGAAGAAAGCAAUAAAGUGAAGGCUUCUUAAAUUAAAUUCAAUGAAAUAAUAUCGGAUGUAAAAAAUGGUUAGAUUCCAGAUUUUGGGUUGCCCGACUAGAUAAACUUCACAGAAGACAAGCCUGGAUGGCAUUUAUUUAGCGCAAUUUUGAGUCCAUACCCAAAAUAUCAAAAAUUGGCCUCUUAUAUUGAUGAGCAAAAGCAGCAAUAAUAAAUAUAUCAAAACAGACAAAUACCCAAAAUGCAUUCUUCGAUGCUCAAUCAAAGUGCUAAGAAAGCUACGAAUAACCUAUCUGACUAUAAUGAUAUGAAUAAUACUCCGGAAACACAAUAUCCAAUAUAUUCAAGGUAGAUUAAGAUUAGAUCAAUCAUGAAAAACACGAUGACCAUAACAAACCAAAAUACUUCUCACCUCAAUAAAUAGCAAGAAGAUCCAUCUUUAAAAUAAUUGCUACUUAGUAUGAAGUCGUUUAAGCAAAAGUAGUUGUCUAAGACAUAGCCUAACUCAAACCAAUCAAGUAAAAGUGACAUUAUUAUUUAGUAGCCAAAUGAUGAAUAAUCUAAAUUUGACUCAAAUACAAGACAAUUUGUGUCCCCUUUUAAAAAGAAAGAUAAGCGUGUGGUAAUUAACAAGACAAAGGUAAAAUUCAUGAUUGAGGAAAAAGAAGACCUUUUAUCGCCAAGUUAGAUCAAGAUGUUGGAAGCAUUCAAAGAUUAUGUAGAUCAAAAUUUUGAAGAUAGAGAUUCAUAACUAGUCAAAAUCGAAAUCUCGAAAUUCAAAGAUAUUCUUAUGUAGAACAGAAUUUCUCCAAAUAAAAUAAGACAGUACCUUAAAACUAAUGUCUAGGCUAAGAAUUCUAGCAACACUUUUGCCUCAGAUCUAAAUUUGAGUACCUAAUAAUCAGGCAGUUCUCCGAUUCCAAAUUUCGACAUGAAUAAGAUUGAUGAUCGUAAGCGUGGGCUAAAUAACCAGCAAGCGAAACUUUCUGGCACAGAUGUAUCCGAAAUAAAGUCGAACGAUUCUGUCUCGGUUACAGAUGAGAAUACCUAAAGUUUUCAGAAGAACGAUGUGCAUUACUUGACAAUCGACCACUCUUAAUAAAAGAAAAGACCUUCAUGCUAUUUAGAUUUUAUCAAAAACUAUCCAAUAUCAUCAAAUAUAAAUUAAACAAAUGUAAAAUUAGUACUUGGUGGACUUCUAGUAAGAUUAAAAAAUUUAGCUGGAAAGAUAUCAAAUGAUUAUGGACAAAUGAGUGUUGAUUAGGAAUUUAUGAGCUAGAAAUACUAGCUCUUUCUUAAAUUAGAGGUCAUUAAGAGGAUUAUUAUAUAACUCGAGCAAAAGAAUUUUAGCAUGGAUAAUACAAUGUAUAAUACACUAAAAAGAUUCAAAAUGGAGAAGGUCGGAGAUUAAAUUAGAUAAAUCGCUUAGAGCUAUCCAAAAUCUGAGAUCAAAGCGGAAAGUAUUGAGAGAUCUAAAUCACCAAAAAACAGACUUAUCAUGUUAAAUAAUGAUCUCGAUGUAGUUCAAAUUUCACCCAAAAUAGAAUUUACGUCAAGGUCGUAAACACCAUAGAUAAAUAUUAAAAAAUUUAGAAUUCAGCCUAACAAGAUAUAGAAUAUUAUUGACACUGAUAGAAAGAAUAAAUACAGUAAAAUCAAUAAUCUAAUGACAAGAGUAGACUUAAACGAUAGAGUAAUAUAAGAGAUUUAGAGACGUACAGAAACACCUCUCAGAAUAAGGAAAGUAGCUCAAACCUAAUAGAACACACCUCAAGGAACCAGAUAUCCAACACCUUUGGUUUAACCCUCUAUAGAACUCAAUAUUCAUCUAAGACAUAAGCCUUAGCUCUAAAACAAUAGCAUUAUUGAUAAGAUUAUACCAUUCUAAGAAAAGAGAAAAGCUAUGAAUAUGUCGAUACUUGAUACAUAGCCUACCGAAUCAGACAAGAUGAGAUUUUUGUCUGUAAAGAACGGAUCGUAGAGAUUUGAUGAUUUUUAAUCUAUGAAUUCUGAUUUACCUAAUCUAAGGAACUAAAGAAGAUUAACCAGUAAUAGUCUUCAUAGAAAUGCACUUAAUUUGAUGGUAAACUAGAGCUCUAGAAAGCUCAAAAGUAAUAAAGAGAUAUCUUAGAAUGAAGACUUCUUAAGAAAGGUGAAUGUGCAGAUUAAUAAAGAGUUCUCAAUAUAUAAUUAUUAAGAAAGCUAUAGAAAAGAGAACAUUAAGAUUUUCAUUAGUCCAAAAAGGAACUCAGUCUAGCAAAAAUGCAAGAGUAUUUUCACAUCUAGUGACUACAUUUGA